CGCGGGAGCAGCAAGCCCGGGAGAGCUCAGGCCCCAGAACUACUAGGACGGACCAUUCCAAUGUGAAGGGGUGGAUGAAGAUAUCUGAACAUUAAAAAUGGGAGGAAAUCACCAAGUGAAUCAGCGAGUGCUCCUGGUACAGGCGCCGCUCCUGCUAAUACAGUCGCUACCGACGGGAGCUGACUAGGGUCAAUUUAAGUCAUGCAGGUUGUAAGAAAUGCGGGGUUUCGAUUCCUAUGGUCUCGGACCCGGCCCGGAACGACCAGGGUCGUGGUCGGGGCGCCGGUUGGGACCAUCCACACCCAGGCGCCGGAGCUGCAAGACGCGGCGGCGGAGCAAAAAGUUGAAGUGAAGACGGCGGCUCCGAGCCGCAGCAGCUUCAGCAUUUAUCCUCCCAUUCCGGGAGAGGAGAGCCCUCUGAGGUGGGCAGGAAAGAAGUUUGAGGAGAUCCCGAUUGCACACAUCAAAGCCUCCUACAACAACACACAGAUCCAGGUGGUCUCCGCUGCCAACCAGCCCCUUGCCCGUACUUCCUGUGGCACGGAGGGAUUUCGGAAUGCCAAGAAGGGCACAGGCAUCGCAGCACAGACUGCAGGCCUAGCCGCAGCAGCGAAAGCUGCAGUGAAAGGUGUGACUCACAUCCGCGUUGUGGUGAAAGGCCUGGGGCCAGGGCGCCUGUCUGCCAUCAAGGGACUGACCAUGGGGGGCCUGGAAGUGAUCUCAAUCACAGACAAUACCCCCAUCCCGCACAAUGGCUGCCGCCCCAGGAAGGCACGGAGGCUAUGAUGAGAAUGAAGCCUGCAUUCGAACAUGACCCCAAGUCUCAACCUCCAGUUGGACCUCAUAAGAAGCUCACUGCAGUGCCAUCCACAGAACAGUGCUUGUGGAAGUCCUUCUGGCAGGAAGGGCGAGUGUUGCCACCUUACACAGUGGCCUCUGCUUAUGCCUCCAACUGAAGAGGGAUGUGUCCCAGAAGUGAACUUCACCUCUUACCCAUGAAGGGAUCUACAGAGGCAGCCAUGGCCAAGUCCCAACCUCUUCUCUGAGAAAAUAAAAGAAUACCUGUA